CCGGAGCCGGGGCGGUUCUGGGUGUCUGCUGCCUGGGGUGCCCGAGUUGCCGGAGCUGCCUGCCCCCCGCCGCCUGCCGGCCGGUCUGCUCACCCACCCUCCUUCCCCGCCCUGCCGCCCUGGGAGCUCCCCGACUGUCGCCGCGGGGCCCAGGAUUCGCUCGCUCCUCCCUUCUUCCCACCCGGGCUAGGGCGGCGGCGGCGGCAGCGGGGGCGGCAGAGACCAUCACGGGAGGAGGCAGCUGCGGCGGGGCCGGCCCAAACACGCAGCCGACUGCCAUCCAUCCCGUUUAGUGCUAUGAUCUUGAAUCAUCCUUUUAAAGGGGUUUAGAGUAGCCGUGUGACACACAAACUGUUCUUCAACAUGAAAUGUUAAGAAGUUAUCCCCAAGAGACAACACUGUCCCUUGUCCUGCAGUUUUCAGUUAAAGAAUCCUAAUGCACCUAGCUAGCUGGUGGUGAGCAGGGGCUUUGGGGCCAACGUGGUGGGCUCCCCAAGGAAACCCCUUUGAAACCAAUGGAUGCAUUCACGGGCUCCGGUCUCAAGAGGAAGUUUGAUGAUGUGGAUGUGGGCUCAUCAGUUUCCAACUCAGAUGAUGAGAUCUCCAGCAGUGACAGUGCUGACAGCUGUGACAGCCUCAAUCCUCCUACAACUGCCAGCUUCACACCCACAUCCAUCCUGAAGCGGCAGAAGCAGCUGCGGAGGAAGAAUGUACGUUUUGACCAGGUGACUGUAUACUACUUUGCCCGGCGCCAGGGUUUCACGAGUGUGCCCAGCCAAGGUGGUAGCUCUCUGGGCAUGGCCCAGCGCCAUAACUCUGUACGCAGCUACACACUCUGUGAGUUUGCUCAAGAGCAGGAGGUGAACCAUCGAGAGAUUCUUCGUGAGCACCUGAAGGAGGAGAAACUCCAUGCCAAGAAAAUGAAGCUGACCAAGAAUGGGACAGUGGAGUCAGUGGAGGCUGAUGGACUGACACUGGAUGACGUUUCAGAUGAAGAUAUUGAUGUGGAAAAUGUGGAGGUGGAUGAUUACUUCUUCCUGCAGCCUCUGCCCACUAAACGGCGACGGGCCCUACUGAGGGCUUCUGGGGUCCACCGCAUUGAUGCUGAAGAGAAGCAAGAACUUCGAGCCAUCCGCCUCUCACGGGAAGAGUGUGGUUGUGACUGUCGACUGUAUUGUGACCCAGAAGCAUGUGCCUGUAGCCAGGCUGGGAUUAAAUGCCAGGUGGAUCGCAUGUCCUUUCCGUGUGGCUGCUCCCGUGAUGGCUGUGGGAACAUGGCUGGGCGCAUUGAAUUUAAUCCAAUCCGGGUCCGGACUCAUUACCUCCACACCAUCAUGAAGCUGGAGCUGGAGAGCAAGCGACAGGUGAGCCGCCCAGCAGCCCCAGACGAGGAGCCCUCAUCUACUGGCAGUUGCAACCUGACAGGGGCACAGGGCUCUGAGACGCAGGACUUCCAGGAGUUCAUUGCUGAGAAUGAGACGGCAGUGAUGCACCUGCAGAGUGCAGAGGAACUGGAGCGGCUCAAGGCGGAGGAAGACUCCAGCGGCUCUAGUGCCAGCCUGGACUCGAGCAUCGAGAGCCUGGGCGUGUGCAUCCUGGAAGAGCCCCUGGCUGUUCCUGAAGAUCUGUGCCCAGGCCUUACAGCCCCCAUUCUCAUCCAGGCUCAGCUGCCCCCAGGCUCCUCUGUCCUGUGUUUUGCUGAGAACUCAGACCACCCAACUGCCUCAACGGUGAACAACCCAUCCUACUUGAACAGUGGGCCCCUGGUCUAUUAUCAGGUGGAGCAGAGGCCAGUCUUGGGAGUGAAAGGAGAGCCUGGUACAGAAGAAGGCCCAGCCUCUUUCUCUAAGGAGAAGGAUCUGAGUGUCUUCUCUCUCCCUGUUACCUCACUGGUGGCUUGUAGUUCCACAGACCCAGCUGCCCUCUGUAAAUCAGAGGUGGGGAAAACAUCCACUCUAGAAGCGCUAUUGCCUGAAGAUUGUAACCCUGAGGAGCCUGAGAAUGAAGACUUCCGCCCUUCUUGGUCCCCCUCAAACCUUCCCUUCCGCUCGGACAAUGAAGAUGGCUGUGGGGUGGAGACAACCUCACAGCACAGUGAGGACCAGCCUUCGGAAGAUUCUUCCCUAGAACUCCCUCUGGCAGUGUAGCAUGGGGAUGGAGAUUCUGCCUCUUACCCAUUCUCUAUUUAUUCCCUUAUUUUAUCUAAUGCCAUUUCAAAACAAAACUAUAGAAGCAGCUGCUGCUCCCAUGUUAUUUUAUUGGGGUCUUUGGGGAAUGGGUGGGAAAGGAUUGUUUGUAUUUUUUAAAAGGGAAACAGUACCAAGGAGACCUGCCCCAGCUUGAUCUGGGAAUAGAGUCUUGGGGCAGAGGAGGCUGCAUAGUGCUGAAUACUGAGCUUACUGGGCCAUUAGAACAAAGAACUAGGAUCUCACAGGAGAAGCUGGGGAAUUCAAGCAGCUAUUCUUUAUGUAGGGACCAGAACACAAGAAUUUGAAUAGUAUGGCAAAGCCCCUUCUCUUCUGAGCUCCAGGCAGGGUACACGUUAAUUUUUCUCAGUGGUUAUUCUGGUAUCUCCUUUUGGUGUAUCUCAAAAUACGAUUGGAAAUGUCACCCGGUUGAAUUGAGAGAGAGGGUGGAAGGGUUUCUGCUUCUGUACAAAACCUCCAGGAUUUAUAAAAAUUUAACCUGCCUUCCCCUGACCCCCUAUUUGGAAAAUAAGUUAAUAUUUGACAUGUUUGGUGUUCUCUGACCUGUUCCCCACACUGGGGAUUCCUGGUCUGUAACUUGAAUUGUUUCUUUGACAUUUUCUUAGGUACUAGAGUUAAACUUGUCUAUUUGUCUUUUUUUCCUCCAUCCUUUUUCCUUUGAACAAAAAGAGCUAAAUUGGCUAGAUGUGUGGUAUAAAGAGCCUGAAUCUUCAUAUGUGUCUAAUGCUAGCUCUGUCAGGCAGCUCUAGGUUGGGGCUCACACAUCCCACGAGAGGCCUAUAUGGAACAUUAACUAUGUCUGAAAGAUGACUUUGUGUCAUGCUUUUUCAUCCAGAUUUUUUUGCCUCUUUGGGAGAUUUGAGCUUUAAUGGAAUACAGGAUGUGGCAAUCUAAGGUCACCAACUACUGGGGUUUUUUGUUUUGUUUUUUCCUGUAUCUACCCUCUUGGUCCUUGGAUAUACAGGGUUAGACAGUUCUUACACUAUUCCAGUUCAACCCAAAGAAUUGCAAAUGUUUAUUGGAGCACCUCAUCUUGAUGGUAUAUAAAAAUUCGAAGCCAAACUAAUUCUUAAAUGCCACAUACAACUCCCAGGUUCCAAAGGAUUCAAGUUCUGAUAAUAACCUUUUAAGUCUACAGAAUGGGACUCAAAUUCAGUUCUUACCUGUCAGGGGGAUAUAGUUCCUGUUCCUCUUAUGUCCAACUUAUGUUCCAAGAUCUGCUCCACUGGACACCACUGAUCUCUUUUUAUUAGCAAAGUUAUCCUUGCCUGUUUUGAAAUGGAGGCAGUAAAGAGCAAAACACUAUUCUUCUCUAGCAUCCUUGACACCAUGCUUCACUUCUGGUAUGGUUUAUUAACCAGGAAAGAAAAAAGUGAAAAACUGUUUUUUGUUUAUUUCUUUUGGUGGGGGAAGAUAACUAUUCCUACUUAUGUCACUCAUAAAGUCUUUUCCUGGUGUCUUAAAGCAACCAUCAUCUAUGUCAUAGCAGCAUUUCACCUAUAAAAUCUCUGAACCCUGAGCCUGAAAAGCAUUGUACUUAAUACAGAUAAAUUCUUAAACCCACUCUGCCUUUCUUGUUCAUUCCUGUUUUGGCUUGGUUUUAUGUUUGGAGGGGAGUUCUUAAUCAAGUACCCAAGCUCUUAUCUCUCCCCAUUGCCUGGCCUCACAAGAGAGUUGAGAGUCCUAAGUACCUGAGAUCUAGAUGCUAGAUCUAACCCGAACUGAGCUAUACUCCCCCACCUUAGACUGGUAACUUCAAAUACAAAGUUGAAGCUUAACUGGAAAUCUGGCUUUCUAGAGAAAUGGAUCUUUUUGAAAGUUUGUGUUGGAAGGAGGGGAGGGUGAGCUCUACACAUUCCCUCUUCAUGAAGGCUCCAGCUUAAUCUAGAAAGUGGAUUCCAGCUGCUCAAUAAGAGACACAUUAGCUUUUGGAAUCAAACCAGGAAUUCAAAUCUGUAAUUAAUAAACACAUUGCCAACCCACAAGAUAUUUGAUAUUUCCGAAAAACUGUAGUUUCUUAAUCUAAGUCCAUCUCUUCAUUAACUACAAUUCUGACUCACGCUGUUCCCAAUCUUUUGAAUGCUAAAUAUUAACAUUUAGCAUUAACUGUCUUGUCAAGCAAAGGAUCUUUUCUACAACCUAGUCUAUCUCAUUUCUGGUGCUACCUGAGUUGGACAGAAUUAUAGCUCAUGGUUGCUAAGAAAGCCAGGCCUCUGAUCAUAGAAGCAGAUAGCUUCAGUCCCCUUCAGUCUAGGCCUAGAUAAAAGAAAUGACUCAUUACUACAACUCUUAUUUUCCAAUUUCCUUUUCACAUACUCUAUACAGGUAGUAUUUUCAAUGUGAAUCCAAAGCUU